UAUUGGGAGAUUUUGUUUUGGUGAAUAGCACUAAAAAUGUGUGCUUAAGUUUGUCAAAUUCAUUCAUUCAGAUGUAUUAAAUCGCAAGGCUAACACUUGAACUCGGCAUUGUAAUCGACGAUGAUCAGUUUCAAUGGAAAACACUGAGAGAACCGCAGCUAUGGAGAUGGGAUUGCCAUUUUUCGCUGGCAGCCCGUUGAAGUCUUCUCAAUUUAACAAACCGAGGAUGAGACAUAUUUCAGAUCGCCACCCUAAACAACUUCUGGACACAUUAGACUCUCUACGGCAAUGCAGAGAAUUGUGUGAUGUUGUAAUUAAGGCUGGUAGUAAAACUCUCUUUGCUCAUCGAGUGAUUUUGGCGGCAUGUAGUCCGUAUUUUAAAGCCAUGUUCACGGGCGAAAUGGCGGAAAGUCGGAAAAAAGAAGUAACAAUUCAAGAUGUCGAUGAAACAGCUAUGGAACUCCUGGUUGAUUUCGCAUACAGUGCAGAAAUUAUUGUGGAAGAAGUCAAUGUUCAAGCCCUUCUUCCUGCCGCUUGUUUGCUUCAAAUCUCAGAAAUUCAGGAAAUAUGCUGUGAGUUUUUAAAACGCCAGCUAGAUCCUUCGAAUUGCCUCGGUAUCAGAGCUUUCGCUGAUACUCACUCUUGCCGCGAGCUGUUGCGUAUUGCCGACAUUUUUACUCACCAUAAUUUUCAAGAAGUCAUAGAAAGUGAGGAAUUCUUACUUUUACCGGUGACACAAUUAUUGAAUAUUCUGUCCAGCGACGAACUUAACAUUCGUUCCGAAGAACAGGUUUUUACAGCGGUCAUUAACUGGGUCAAAUACAGCGUUUCAGAGAGGCGAUGUCAUCUUUCACAGGUCUUACAACAUGUCAGGCUACCACUUUUAGGCCCUAAAUUCUUAGUUGGUGUCGUUGGUACUGAUCCUUUGGUAAAAAGUGAUGAAUCCUGUAGAGAUCUUGUGGAUGAAGCCAAGAACUAUCUUCUUCUGCCAGAGCAAAGGUUGCUCAUGCAAGGACCUCGGACCAGACCUCGAAAACCAACUAAAUGCACAGAAGUGUUGUUUGCUGUGGGAGGCUGGUGUAGUGGAGAUGCCAUCAGUAGUGUUGAACGCUAUGAACCACAGACAAAUGACUGGAAAAUGGUGGCCACCAUGAGUAAGCGACGUUGUGGUGUGGGUGUGGCCGUUUUGGACAAUUUACUGUAUGCUGUUGGAGGUCAUGAUGGUAGUAGCUAUCUCAACAGUGUUGAAAGGUAUGACCCCAAAACAAACCAAUGGAGCAGUGAUGUUUCACCAACUUGCACAUGUCGCACCAGUGUGGGUGUUGCUGUUCUUGAUGGGUACAUGUAUGCAGUUGGGGGGCAAGAUGGUGUAUCAUGUCUGUACAUUGUUGAAAAAUAUGACCCUCAAGAUAACAGAUGGUUUCGAGUUGCAUCUAUGAGUUCUCGCAGACUUGGUGUUGGUGUUGCAGUACUUGAUGGUUAUCUGUAUGCUAUUGGUGGCUCUGAUGGUACCUCACCCUUAAAUACAGUUGAAAAAUAUGAUCCUAAAACUAACCGUUGGAGCCCAGUGGCACCCAUGGGAACACGAAGGAAACAUCUUGGGGCUGCCCUCUUCCAGGAUAAACUCUAUGUUGUUGGAGGGCGAGAUGAUGCAACAGAGCUCAGUAGUGCUGAAUGUUAUGAUCCUAAAACAAACCAAUGGUCACCUGUUGUGGCAAUGAACUCUCGCCGUAGUGGAGUUGGUCUGGCAGUUGUAAAUGGACAACUUUUAGCUGUUGGUGGUUUUGAUGGUACCACUUAUCUUAAGACUAUUGAAGUGUUUGACCCAGUGUUAAAUCAGUGGAAGCUUUAUGGAGGGAUGAACUAUCGUAGACUAGGUGGAGGAGUAGGAGUCGUAAAGUUACCACUUAGUGAUGCGUUUGGAUGUUAAAGUGAAUUGGGAUAAAAAAAAUGAGUUGAUGUUUCUCCAUCUUUUGGUGUUUGAAUUUCAUCAGUUGACAGAGCUGUUGUGUUUGGUUUGAUAGAUGCUCAAGAAGCACCAAUUCAGACAAUUUUGUAUCAUUAAUCAUGUUGUACAAGGAGGACAUCAGCAUGAAAAGGAUAAAUUUAAUUUGGUUACACCAGCAUUUAAUGGAUAAAGAUAAGUUGGUGUUAUCCAUAAAGUAUUUAAAAAAACAACUGCAGAACAGUGUGAUGAUAAGAAGUAUAGCUCAAAUGGAUCUCCUAUCUCUCUUGUUGCAAUGACAAAUGUGUCAGACACACUGAUUUUUCUUUAUUUGGGCUCUUUUUGUUUCAUUAAAAAUGUGCAAAGGAAAGUUAUCCUGAUCCCCCAUAAAUCAAAGUUAUGGUCUACAGUUCAGUGUGUGUGUCUGCUUGGGUGUGCCCAGCAGAGUGUUUUCUUUGUAUUCUGAAGGCAUUUGAAAAUUUUGGGCCUGUCAUCGAUUACAAUCAUUCCUCCUUUUGCAUGACUUAGUGUGAGGUUUCAAUUAGUAUUUGUCUCAAAACUUUGUGCCUUAGAAAUGCCAGUAUAGACCAAAAGUUGUUCAGAAAAGUUACCAUACAAUUUAUAUAAUAUUUUUUUCACAUGUUAACAUCAAAAUAAUUUGUUUUGUUUAGUUAUGUCUAUUUUUUUGUAGAUGAUGUUGGCAAUAAAUUCUUUCAUUGAGGUAACAAGAUUAUGCCACAAAGAAAUGCAGAAAAUUAAUAUAAGAUCUGUCGAACCACUAUGCAAGCUUUUCAUGACACACAUGUAUAUUUGCAAAGUAAUUUUUCUUGCAUUCUGCUCUCAUUUGGGUAUUUUGGGUUUUUCACCUUAUUUAUUAAAUCAAUGUAAUCUUGAUACAUAGACAGCAUUCUGAUUGAAACUAACUAGGAGACUAAUCCAGCCUUGUUGGUGUCUUCACACUUAAAUUUGUUAUCAAGAUUAACCAAUCACCUAACAUUCUCUGUGAAAUAAAAAUUGACUCAUUCUUUA